CAACCAAUCGCGAACCAUAAGACGACGACGGAGGACAAACAAGCGACUGAAUUCAAUUGCUGCAGGUGCCGGUCGACGGCGGUGACGUGCGUGGGUCGCUCAGCCCCGGGAACCUUAACACUAGAUUGAUACCGACGACGCAAAAAGCCCACGCCGAGCCGUGACACAGGCUUGGCAUCAGCACCAGGGCUUUUUUUCAGCCAUUGGAAGUAGCAGUCACGAAAUAUCGCCCGGCAGCCCUUCAGGGCGUGUGCGGACUUUGCAUAGGCAUCGACCCUGCCCACUCUGUGGGUAUCUAAUCGAGUCGCUUGCUGCGGUGGUCUGAGACCAAUACGCCGUCAUCAUGACAGAGGUUGAGAAGCAAGGCGAGGUUGACCUUCGCAAGAACUUCAACUACGGUCUCGUUGUGGAAUCAGAUCUAAAUGAGGAGACCCAGGCCGAAUGCCUCGAAUCUGCACAAACGGCCAUCGAGAAGCAUUCCAAUAGCAACGAGGAAGCAGCUAAGAUGCUCAAGGGCAUCAUGGACAAAAAGUUUGGUGGCCCCUGGAAUGUUGUGAUUGGUGAAGCCUUUGGAUUUGAGAUCACGCAUCAAAUGAGCAACCUCUGUUACCUUUUCUUUGGUGGUAACAUGGCUGUUCUGGUGUGGAAGUGCAAUUAGACUCCGGUACACAUGCCUGUGAGACUUGCCAGAGUCCGCAUAACGCCCCAGAAUCUCGUUGUCCGUUUUAAUUGUACUUGUUUGAUGCU